AGGAACUCACAACAAGAGCAUGUUUGGGCAAGCAGUAUCUGCGCUCGUUUUCCCCUUUGAGAAAGAGAAUACACGCCCAUCUAUCUUAUCUCAACCUGACAAGGGAAAUCAUAUCCUCUUAAAUUAUGCGAGCUUUCUACAAAUCUAUAACCCGUUUUGAGUAAGAUCAAAACGAUACUGCGUAACCUUGCUCAUCCUUCAAGAUUCUGAACUUUCAAUAGUCACGUCUGUUUAAAGACAUACUGGUGCUGUCUAACAUUUCUAGAAGAGGCUGGAUUUUGCUCCUCUGCGAUCAAUGCCACAUUCAUGACACUCGUCAGUCUCAGCUUUUACAAAUGUUACACGGAGAAGGAAUCGUCACCGCCGAAUAUCAGAUAUUGCUCAUCGUACUGCGUAGCACACGUCAAAAUGCCCACAUCAGAUCACGCUACGCCUUCAAUAACUCCAAAUAGUUCAGUUCAGUCACACGUCACUGCACCUAAAAAGACUUAUAUGAGACAAGCAUGUCGCCUCGGUAACAACCAUCUCCGUCUCACCAGUCACCGGCGCAACCACUCGUCGGAUGAUUCCUUCAUGUUCUUUUACGCCUACUAGUGCCAGCCAAUACUAACCAAGUCACAUAUUGUAGCUAAAUUAGUUGGUUUACUAGCGGAAAUUCUUGUUUCACGCCUUGUUGUGUAUUUCAAUCGCCGUCGUGUUCCUCAUGAUUAACUUGCAUCGCACGUCCAAUAAAAACAAAAGAGAUGCCUAACCCAGACUCCCAUGUAAGCCACCAUUCGCUGGAAAGCAGCUUGGAUAAAAUGUAGCUUAAAAAAAGAAAAAAUAAAGGGAAAAAUGUUUACAGAUGCCAAAAAAACGCCGUGCGAUGCUUCCAUGAGUCCCCUCGUCAUUUCUGCCUAAUAAAGUUCAAGUGUUUCCCCCAAGCGCCGAAGCCAUAGUAUUGUCAAAUAGACAAUUCUACCAAGAUGUAGCGAUCGAAAAUGAUGUAGGAUGCAGCCGUAGAGGGAAAAGCUGGCCGUGUGUAUAUACAAGGGCCAAUAAAAGCCGCUGGUAUGAUGAUAAAGAGUUCAAGGAUUGUGUGGCUUUGACGUGGAUAAACGGUGGUUGAGAGAGAUGGCGGGAAAAACGCCGUUUUAGCUAUCCCGACGCUCAGGAGAUCGAGCCCUGGUUCGAAUUCGAAAUUUCUCCUUGAGUUUCGCCGAUAAGUGAGCCCUCUGUCCUCUUUCGCCCUCUGCAUCAUGGCUGGCGCUGGCGCCACCGCUUGCACCAUGAGCUUCGGUAUCGUCCUGGCGAGUCGAUCGCAUCUGUCGCAGAGCUUCGAUUUGUUCUUCCGCUGUUGCUUGCCUCAG